GUGAUUGGCUUGGAGCUUCCUCCAAGGAUUUUUUAAAAACGAAGCACUCCCAGCUGUCAAAACUGCUGACUCGAUUGCAUGAUUGUCUAACGUCAUGAGGACGAGUGAGUUCGACUCUUCUGAUGAAGAGGAGGUCUGUGAAGAGCAGCUGACACCUUUCCACAUCUCAUGGUUACCACUGUCCGUAGUUGAAUCAGCACAGUUCCUCGGUAUAUGCGCACUGCCCGGCUGUAAAUUCAAAGAGAAUCGAAGAAAUCUCCAGAGAGAUGUUGACGAGCUGCAGAACCAGGGCGUGCAGGACGUGUUCGUGUUCUGCACCCGCGGCGAGUUGAACAUGUACCGGGUGCCCUCCCUGCUGGAGGCCUACCGCCGGCAGGGCUUUCGGGUGCACCACCUGCCCUUCCCCGACGGGGGCGCCCCCGAGCUGGAGCAGUGCGGGCAGAUCCUGGAGGAGCUCCAGAGCAGCCUGGAGGACCAGCGCCGCACCGUGAUCCACUGCUAUGGAGGGUUGGGGCGCUCCGGAUUAAUUGCCGCCUGUCUCCUGCUCCAGCUGUCCGUUACCAUGACGGCAAACAAAGCCAUCGAGAUCCUCCGGGAGCUGAGAGGGGGAGGAGCCAUCCAGACGGUCAAGCAAUACAACUUCCUCCAUGAGUUUCGGGAAAAGCAGGCGGCGUUCCAGCAGGGCCGAGAGAACACGGUGGAGCGCUCUGUUUCCCGGUGAGAACUCUGGAGCGCUCCGUACCCCGGAAGAGCCACAGCCUAGCAUCAACAGGCUAAAUAAUGGCGAGCUUUAGCUUCUCUGUGUGUGUGUUUGCGUGGAACUCAGAUGUUUGCACUUUAAAUGGAUACUCUUAAAUAUGGAACUCCUUGGAUAUGUGGGGAAUGGAAUUUGGUUAUUUUCAAAUAAAUGUGGAAGUGGUUAA